CAGACCAAUGGGUCCAAUCCACUCCCUCCAUUGCUAUUCAAAUUUCAAACUCGCUCCCAUAUAUAUAUAUAUAUAUAUACAUACAGAUAUCACCUUCAUCUUCAGACUGUGGGAACAAUGAGCACAGCCAGGUUCAUCAAAUGUGUUACAGUUGGAGAUGGAGCUGUGGGAAAGACAUGCAUGCUCAUCUCAUACACCAGCAAUACAUUCCCAACUGAUUAUGUUCCCACUGUGUUUGACAACUUCAGUGCCAAUGUGGUGGUAGAUGGCAGCACAGUUAAUCUUGGAUUGUGGGAUACUGCUGGACAGGAGGAUUAUAACAGGCUGAGGCCAUUGAGUUACAGAGGAGCAGAUGUGUUCUUGCUGGCCUUCUCUCUAAUCAGCAAAGCUAGCUAUGAAAACAUCUCCAGAAAGUGGAUCCCUGAGCUGAGGCACUAUGCUCCAACCGUCCCUAUUGUGCUUGUGGGAACCAAACUUGAUUUGCGAGACAACAAACAGUAUUUCAUAGAUCAUCCUGGUGCCACCCCUAUCACAACUGCUCAGGGAGAGGAGCUGAAGAAGAUGAUUGGCGCUGCUGUUUACGUAGAGUGCAGCUCCAAGACUCAGCAGAAUGUGAAAGCUGUAUUUGAUGCAGCAAUCAAGGUAGUCUUGCAGCCUCCAAAACCCAGGAGAAGGCGGAAGAAGACUACACCAUGCAACUUUCUCUAAAUCUAUAUAUAUAUACACACACACACACACAUAUAUAUCACCUUCUUUUGUAUGUAGCUAUAACAUAUAUUGCAAUAAUCGUUUUUUUUUUUGCUUAGCAUUUGUCUUUUAUCAUAUUUUUUUGCUUAAUUACUUUGACAUUUAACUUUUU